AUGCCUCGCGUGUGCUGGGGCGCUGAGCUCUCGGGGACGCGCCGCUGCCGAGUUGAGCUCGCCAUCCCGUACGACCGCGUCCGAACGCUGGACAAAGACACGGCCAACAAGCUGCGCAUGACCAAAACGAGCGGCGCGCCGCGCUAUGUCUCUCGCUUCGUCUGCCGCUACAAUGGGUGCGGCAAGGACUACGUGUCGAUGGACGGCGUGCGUGCCCACUGCAGGAAGGAUCACCCGGCCUGGCUGAACAGCCUUCCUGCCCGCAAGCCGUCCCUCUUCUGCGAGCAGAAGCAGGUCGAGAUCGAGAUUGCGACCUCCACCGCCGCCGACUCGAUGGCGCCGGUCCCAGACGAGUACUUGCACGAGGGCGAGGGCGGCGCACUCUACGUCAAGUUCAAGCCAGCAGCCGCUUCAAACGGCGCAAGCGCAAGCGCAGCCGCCGCGGGCGCGAUGGUCAAUGUCCACAUCAGCCGGUUACAUAAAGACGGCGGGAGACUGGAACAACGCAUCAUGGAACACUUCAAGGAGAAGAAAGAACAGACCUGGCAGGCUCGCGGUCUCACCAACGUGCGGAGAAGCAAAGACAGAGGCAAGCCAGGUUACACAUACGUGAUCGUUCGAGUUCGUUGA